AUGCCUCUGAUCCGCAAACGCCGAGCGGAGCAACAGCCCGAAUCUGCCGAUGAAGACGACGUCUCGACCCCGAUUAACUCGCGCCACCCCCGCCGACGCACAUCGACCUCGGAAAGCGACGAUGGCGACGCCUCGGACGAGGCGCGCGCCCCGAGUUCUCUCGACGUGAUGGUCAAGAAGCUGGUGCGGCUGGCGCUCGCUCGCGAGCUGUCGCGGCAACCGGUCCGCCGCACCGACAUCAGCAACAAAGUCCUGGGAGAACAAGGGUCGCGGCAGUUCAAGCUUGUCUUCGAGAUGGCGCAGAAGUCGCUCCGCGAGACGUUUGGGAUGCAGCUGAGCGAGUUACCGGGGAAGGAGAAGGUGACUAUCCAGCAGCGGAGAGCCGCUCAGCGGACAGAUCGGCCAUCGGCCAGCAACAGAUCCUGGAUCCUCACGACUACGCUUCCGCCCGCGUACCGCACACCGGAGAUCCUCCCGCCGACCAAGGCCCCGCUCGAAGGCACCCUGACCGGAUUAUACUCCUUCAUCAUCGCUGUGAUCACGUUGAACGGCGGCUCGUUGCCGGAGCAGAAGCUCGAGCGCUAUCUCAAGCGGACCAACGCCGAUACCUUUACUCCUAUCGAUCGAACAGACCGGUUUCUGCAGCGGCUCUGCAAGGAAGGAUACUUGCUUCGGACGCGCGAGAUGGACGGGGGCGAGGAAGUCGUUGAGUACUUGGUGGGCCCGAGAGGCAAGAUUGAGGUGGGCGUGCAGGGCGUGGCUGGGCUGGUCCGCGAGGUCUACGGCCGCCAGGGCGUUGUGGAAGGAGAUGACACAACGCCUGCGGAGGGUCAGCAAAUGAGCGAGUUCGAGGCUCGGCUGGCGCGGAGUCUCGGUAUUAAAAAGCUAGGGCGGACAGCAGAGGAUGAGGAUGUAGACGGGGACCGUUAUGAGGAGGAUGGGGAGGGAUCGAGACGAAGGCGAAGGCGUGGUGGUGAUUCGGAUGAUGAAGCUGACAGUGAUUAG